AUGAAUGAAUAGUAACAAAAAAUAUUUUAAACACUCUUUGAAAUAAUUAAGUUAGUCCAAUCACAGAAAUCAAAAUUGUUGAUUUUUGAUGGAUUUGGAGAAGUGAAGUCUAUGGAGAAAAAAUCGAAGAGCUAGCCCCUGAAAAGUUAGUGA